CCCCCGCUCCCCCUCCCCCUGUUUUUCUUCUCUCUGCGAAAAUCCAAUAAGAAAUCUUAAAGUUUUAGUUUCUGUUUUUUCGGGUGUGCAAUCGAUUCAUAUUUUCCUGUCCGAGAUGCUUGAAUCUGUCUGGUUUCUUUUAAAAAAGGAUGAACCUCAGAAUCCCUGCAGCUAGGGUUCUUGUAUGCCUCUGAACCACUGCCCCCAAUUUGUGAUUCUUUGCUUUUGAAGUUACUUUUAGGGUUUUGAAGGUUUGUUUGGUGGCUAGACAUAAAUUCUUGCUCAUAGACUUUCGAGUUGAGAUGGGUCUCUAAAAGUAUACCGCGGAUCUUAGUGCUCAGGCACAUUUAGGGUUCUUGCCCCUUUUCCAUUUCAAAAAGAGGUCGUUUUUACCGAACAAUAAUCUGUUAUUAUUUUGAUUUUCUCCUUUUGCUCUUUUUCCAUUGCAAAAAGAGGGUUUAUUUUUCGCCUUUUCUAUUUUGUUUUAUUCUUCUGGGGAUGGAGAAAGUAUUUAUUUAGAAUGCCCUCAAUUGAACUUGUGAAUCUCUUUUUAACUAGUACAAUUCAGCUUGUAUGCUGCUAUACCUGCCUGCUAUUCCCCUUCAGCCUUCAUUGACCUGCUUGUGUUCUCCCUCAACAGAUCAGCUCGGCAGCCACUGGUGUAGCUGUGUAGCCAACAAAUUGGUGCUGGUUCCCCAUUUCCUCAGACUAUAUGGCUGAGACAGGAGAUGCAGGUCGCUUGCCAACAUCCCUUGAUGUGCUGGCUUCAGAUGUUCACUCCAGGCUGGAGUUCCACAGGUAUGCCUUCAUGGACUGUGUUGGCAUAAAAAAUGCGCUUCACUGUGUCAUCGAAGAAAGGGAAAACCUCCAGCAACGACAGAAUGCGAUUGACCAACUGGUUGCUGAAAAGGACAGCCUCACUAAAAAGAAUGAAGAGCUGGCAGCAGAACUUGAAUCUCUGAAGGAACAGCUCCAAGCAAGGGAAUCGAGCGAUCAACAGCAGGGAAGUGGUUUUCAGCAGAGCCACUCUGGAAUGGCACACCCAAGAUUAAUGCCGAAAAGGAAACGGCAAUCUGGAGAUGAAGAUGUUGAUGAGCAUGAGCUUAUGGAAGAUCUUUCCGUUAUAGAUAAUCCUGAUCAAGUUUUAAACACUGAGCUCGAGGCUACUAGAAAGGAAAUUUCUGAUAUCCACUCUAAGCUGAUUGAGGGGUUCACUGAUCUUAGUACUACUGGAGGAAGGAAUAUCGCCCUAAAAAACAUAGGGCAAUUGGAUGACAGGCCAUUCCUGGCGGCAUGCCGUAAGAAGCUGCCUGCCGAAGAAGCAAGAGAAAAAGCUAAAGAAGUACACCGUGUUUGGCAGGGGCAUAUACAGAACCCAGAGUGGAAUCCCUUCAAGACUGUCACAGUUGAAGGUAUCCCGAAGGAGAUUAUUGAUGUCGAUGAUGACAAGCUGCAAGGGCUAUGUGCUGCAUGGGGUGAAGGGGUGCACAAGGCUGUGGUGAGUUGUUUGGUAGAAAUUCAAGAAAGUGGCAGGCUGGGAGAUAGAAACAUUGUACCCGAGGUCUGGAAUUACAAGUGCAAGAGAAAAGCCACUCACAGUGAGAGCAUCGAGUACUUGUUCGGUCAAGUGAAGCGUCUGAGUGACGCGAAAUCCAGAACCCGCAGCGCAAGAUGACCUUGUAGGGGCGUGGUGGUGCAACAGGAUGAUGACCCACAGUGGCUAGGUAGAACCAGUCUGAAGGAUUAACUAACUCAUGGUGAAGAACUGAAGACUGGAAUUGUCUAUGAAACGCAUCGCAGAACAAUGUUGGGAGUUAUGUGUUAUGUAUAUCUGUUUGGUACCCGUUUAUAACCUCUGUUAGAGUGCCGGUAUUAAGCUUUUGCGUGCAACUCUUUUACCAGCAUAUCAGAACAAUGUUUCAGUAUUCUGCUAGACUCAGCGGUAUCUAGUUUAGUGUGAACUCUGAAGUUCGAUAUUUAACGUGCAAGACGUUUCUAUGAA